GACUCCUUCUUCCUCCUGAAGGGGCAGCAGGACAGGGCUUCGCACCGGGUUCCGGGCGCGCUCGGCUAAGCCAUGGCGGUCUCUGCGCUGCAGCAGGGCAUGGUCUCUGUCGUCCUGCUGCUCUGCCUCUUCGUGGCGGUGCCCAGGCUGUUCGGGGGCGGAGGAGGAGCAGGGAGAGCCUUGCUGGGGGGCAAGGCUGGCCCCGGUCGCUACGAUCCGCCCCCCACAGGUGCCUCUGGGAGAGUUCAUCAGUCUCAUCUGAAUUCAGGAAGUUCUGAAAGUAAAACAUACCAAAGCUUUCAGCAGAUGAGGAAUGUAAUGGAAAAGGACAGGAAGAGUGAGAGAACUAGAGGCAGUGGCAAAGACUUAGCAUUUACCCUCAUGCCCUUGUAUGCUAUUGGUGUGGGGGUGUUUGCAGCAUACAAAUUCCUGAAGAUGAAAUCUCAAGAAGGAAGCUCUUCCAAGAAAGAGAAAAAUACAGCAGAAGAUAAGGCAAAAGAAACAGAACAUCAGCUUUUGGAACUGGAGCAGCAUCUAGCACAGACAGAAAAAAUUUUAAAUUCUUUAUUGACUCAGUUAGACCCACUGUCGAACUGUGUUAAUGCUUUGGCUUGUGAACAGAAAGAUGAAAUAAUGACACAGCUCCAGUCCAUUAGACAGCUGAUGAAGGAAAGUGGAUUGGAUAAAUCAGAAAUGAAACUAAAAGAUGUUAAUCACACAUGUAAUGAGAAACUUGAAGAUCUCAUUCAGUCAUUUGGCAAACAUACUCAGGAAAAAGCAGAUGACAAUGAAGAUCAUAGUAUUGAAGAUCUGCUUGAAGAUACUGAUGGUGGUUACAGAAAGGAAGAGCAUGAACUGUGUGACUGUGAAUUCACACUUAGUCAGCUGAUUGAGCCAAAGGUGAUAGAAGUUCAAGAAAUAAUAAAUAGAGAGAUACUGGAACCAGAAGAGACUGAAUUAAGGCGGCGUAAUAGAUAUGAAUUAAAUAUGCAUAUAUAAAAUGUUCAAAAUUAAAGAAUUGUUGCACAUAACAUUGUAUGCACUUUUAAAAUAUUCUGUCACUGCUAUAUGCUUUCAAAGUAGAGGUGAAAUCCUGCCCCACUGAAGUCAAUGGGAGUUCUGCAAUUGACUUCAGUGGGUGGCAGGCUUUCACCCAAAAUGUUUACACAUAUAUAGUUCUAUUUAUUUUUCCUAUAGAAAAUAUUUCUGUACUAUCUGUAUAUAAUACACUGAAAUUACACAUGGUGCUCCACUAAAGCAUCAAGAUUUUAAUACAAUAUUUGUUUUCAUACCUAAUUAAAACUAAGAGGAAUGGAUAUAACUCAUAGUGAUUAUUUUAAAUAUAGAAAUCUUAGAGUAAUUUAAAUGUCUUUUUCUGGAGUUGCACAUGCAAACUGAAGAAAGUAUACUGCUGAGGGGGGAUUCUGGUGCCUGCAGAAAAUAGCUCCCUUGUAGAAUUCCUGUGCUUCCCUGCAGGGAAACAGGCCAUCAGAUUUGAUGUUCCAUCAGGAAGGAACAAUAAAACUGUGAAGAUACUAGUCUCUCUCCCUCCUGGGAGGCGUCCAGGGAUGUAACUGUGACACUACUAGGUCAGGUGGUCUUGUCAACUGAUACUAAACAUUAUCUGGGACUUCUUGUAACUUUCCGCUGAAAUGGAAAGGGGGUCAAGUUUGGGAAACAAAGGAUUCCAGCCUUAUGUAAACUUUAUUUAAGGGUGGGGAGGAAGGCAAAUGGGAUUUCUCAUCUCCAUUGCCUGUCUGCCCAGGAAGAAAGAAUGCUAAAGACACCUGAAGGAAGGGCAAGUGGGGAGUCCCGACUGAGACAGGGGUCCAGUCUGAAAAGAAAUAUACCUGGAACUCUGAACCACAGAAACUUUGCAACCUGCCUAAAAUAACACUUAGGGUAAGAAAUUACAUUUUGUAACCUGUUUAAGUAUAUUGAGUUUAGCUUGCAUAUUUUGUUUUGUUUGCUCAGUAAUCUGCUUUGUUCUGUCUGUUAUUGCUUCUACAAGGAGUCACAUAUUACACGGGGGUUAGGUUCUAAAGUCAGCACGUAAGGUGAAAAUUGCAUAUAGUCAAAAUUACCCUUGAAAAUCCCUUAAAUCGCCCAUAAAGUACAGUAUACAACUCUGUACAGUAAUACUGUAUGUAUAAUGUAUAUAGUAAUGUACAGCAUAUAAUAGAGUACAUAUGCAAAAUAUAACUUUAGUUUAAUUACAUGAGAGAGACGGAAGAUUGAAAGAAUAAAAAUGGAAAACAGUAAACCUAA